GGCGGGCUGCGUGCGCAAACAGGGCGGCCGCCUCCUGGGCCCGGAGAACGGCAAGUGAGCCCCUGGAGCUGAGGGAGCAUCAUGGCAGUGUUUCUGGAGGCCAAGAAUGCCCACUCAGUCCUGAAACGGUUCCCUCGUGCCAACGAGUUCCUGGAGGAGCUGCGCCAGGGCACCAUCGAGCGCGAGUGCAUGGAGGAGAUCUGCAGCUAUGAGGAAGUCAAGGAGGUGUUUGAGAACAAAGAGAAAACGAUGGAGUUCUGGAAGGGGUACCCGAAUGCAGUCUACUCAGUGCGAGACCCCUCACAGAGCUCAGAUGCCAUGUACGUGGUAGUGCCCCUUCUGGGCGUGGCAUUGCUGAUUGUCAUCGCCUUGUUCAUCAUCUGGAGGUGCCAGCUGCAGAAAGCAACCCGUCACCACCCCUCCUAUGCUCAGAACCGGUACCUAGCCAGUCGCGCCGGGCACAGCCUCCCCCGGGUCAUGGUGUACCGGGGCACUGUGCAUAGCCAGGGGGAGUCCUCUGGGCACCGCGAGGCAGGGAGCAGCAAUGCCCAGGUGGUACUGGGGCCCAGCCGGGGGGGCAGAACCACAGUGCGGCUCGAGAGCACCCUCUACCUCCCUGAGCUCUCCCUCUCCAGACUGUCCAGUGCCACCCCUCCCCCCUCCUAUGAAGAGGUGACUGCGCCCCAGGAGAGCAGCAGUGAGGAGCCCAGUGUCUCUUACAAUGAUCCACCCCCAAAGUACGAGGAGAUAGUGGCCGCCAACCCUGGCACCGACAAGUAGUAGGAUGCGUGUCCCGUCCUGUAUGAACGCCUCUUUCAGAGGCCUCUUAUUUUCUUUUUAACUUUUUAAAGACUGUGCCACCACAAAACAGCCUUAGCCUCCUUGUUGCCAAAUAAUUCCCUAACCAUGGAGUAUUAGGAAGUCAGUUGUCAGAGACAGGUAGGGAGGGUGGGGUAGGGAGCAUCAUGGUCAAAGCCCCCUGGGAAGAGCUACAGGCCCGAGCAUCCAGCUCUUCCGAGUGCUCCCACAAAGCUCCACCAUCCUGUCCUCCCAUUAGGGACUGGCUUUUCUUAUGCCAAAGGAAUCAACCCAUUGAGUCGAAUGUGGCCAGGAUGGCCACAGGCCUGGCCCCGGGGCUGUGGGGCUGGCUGGAGGCCUGUCUGUGUGUGGAAGCCUAAGCCACAGAGGAUAGUGAGAGAAGCCAGCCUUUCGGCACCCCCUUCCCUUGACAGUUCUGUCCUUUCUGUCCUUGCUUACACUUUGAGGGCAGGGACAAGGAUUGAGCAACAAACAAAAUUAAAAAAAAAAGUAAUGACAAAUAAAUAAAUAAUGAGUACAAUAGAACAAAACUCUAGAACCCAGGCCAUUCCUAGGAGGCCUAGUGAAAUCCAUCUUACAGAUAAUCUGUGACACUACCCCCUCUGCCUCCCCCACACUCCUGGAAGGAGGACGGGGUAUGUGAAGGAUGUGGGGCAGGGUCUGGAUGGCAGAGCUACUUCCUACAGAUUUACCAAGGGGCCCAUGUGACUUUGCCUCCCCCAGACUUUGCCUCUGCAGACAUGUGCACCAGCCAUGCUAAAACCACUACCCACUGGCACAAUCCCACUCACAGCCCUGGAGCACUCUGCCGUGGGGCACACUGACACUCCUGGCCCUACCUGUGCAGCCCAUGGCCUUCCAAUGGUUGGGGCACAGGCUGGGCAGAGCUGAAGUUUUCUCCUUGUGAGGUUAAUAAUAGGACCUUGAGCUUGGCUUCCUUGGCACUGUGCUCUCUGGCUUUGAACUUUUAAGAUACUUCCCUUUUUGUGAAUAGGUGCAUUGAAAUUGAACUUCAGAUUGAUGAUUUCUCCUUAGGGAUGGUGCCCACCUAGGGAGAAGAUCCUAAAGUGUCCCUUUUUAAACAUUUCUUUGUGGGGGAGCCCGUGACCUGGGAUCAAAGGCCCAUCUGGGGU